GUCCGUCCUUUCGGCUAAAUAAUUUUGUUUCAUGAAAGAAAAUGUUACAGAGGAUUUAAAUGUGGGUGAGUAGAUGACGAAAUUUUAAUUUUUGGGGUGUACUGUUCCUUUAAAAACUGUCUUCUGUUCCACUAAUGAAAUCUGUAAAUCAGUAAAGUGAAUUAUCACGUACAUGUACAACUUUCUGAGGCAGUCAUCUGCUCUCUUUGGGGAAGUGUCUGCUGUGUUCCUGUGCUGGAGGAUGAUUACUGCGAUGACAGAGCAGCGACGCGACGCGCACCGCGGAUCAUAUGAGCUUGUUGUAGCAACACGAGUUUCCACGGGGAGGAGAGGCGAGACCCCCUCGGUGGAGACAUGAUGAGCCGUUCACUUCAUGGUGCAUAGUUGACAUUAGAGUCUUGCAGUAGAGUCUGUCGGUUAGUUUGCAGCGCUGCUGAUCACAUCAAUGGCUGGUGACUCGGUGGAGGCAGUUUGGGAUCCGACAGCAGAAGACUCUUCCCCGGUCAGCGAGCUCUCCUUCAGCCUGCAGAACCUCCAGUGUCAGGAUGGUCCAAAGAUCUCGCCCCCCUGGAGAAAGCUUGUUUUGACGCCUGAAUGCAUCAGUCCGCCGCUCAACACUCUCUCCAGGGACAGAGAGACGCCGACAGUGAGGAGAAGACGAGCGAGAAGCCUGUCACCUGACUCCUCUUCAAACACACCCAGGUGUCUGUGGAGGGACCGUCACGAUUCUCCAGCCAAUAAAGAGACUGAGCGAGCCUUUAAGCGGCUGCGCGUGCGUCUGUCGAGCAGAUUCUGCAUUGAUGAGGCAGAAGCAGCGGGCAGAAGCUGGAGACAGUACCGCAGUGACCCAGAAGAGGACGCCAGUCACCCGCGAGAGAUGGAUGCGCUCGACCCAACGGCCGUUGCGAGGUUCAGUCAGCUGAGGUCACGGCCGGAAGCCCCGCCCACACACGUCACUCAAGAUGCCGUCGCUGACCUCUCACUCAUAGGGGAUUUUAGUAAGCAACACCUGCUUCCUGUGGAGGGAGCCGGCCAUCCGGAGCUUCACUGUGUCAGCGCAGAAACCGUGGCGUCUCUGAUCAGAGGUCAGUUUGGCCCUGCAGUGGAGGACUUCCUCAUCGUCGACUGUCGUUACCCGUACGAGUACCAAGGAGGACACAUUAAGGGCGCAGUGAACCUGUACACCGAGUCUCAGAUCCAGCAGGCGGUUCAUCAGGCCUCAGCCGGAGCUCUUUCCCCCUGCGCCGCAGGAAACGACUGGUGGGCGGCUCGUCCGUCUGACUCACUCCCAGAUGAGGAGGGGUCAUCGCCACGGAAACUGAUAGUGUUCCACUGCGAGUUCUCAUCAGAACGAGGACCACAUCUGUGUCGGUAUCUGAGGAGGCUGGACAGAUGUGUCAAUGCUCAGGUGUAUCCAAACCUGCACUAUCCUGAGCUCUACCUGCUGCUGGGGGGUUACAAACACUUCCAUGCCUCUUAUCCGGAUCUGUGUGAUCCCUGCGGAUACGUGCCCAUGCGCCAGCGGGAGUACCGGGAGCAGCUCCAUGGGUUCCGCAGGAAAAGAACCACACGGCAGAGAAGACGACGGCCAAUUAGAAUACAUCAAAGAACAACACGUUAAAUUUUAUAUACCGGUAUAUAUUUAUUUGUAUGAUCUUUCAUGUACAUCUGUCAAGUCAACUAAACUGUAGGACACUGAAUAAAGUAUUUCAAACACUGA